AGCCUUCACCCCUGUCUGUAGGCUUACCACUCAACUUUGAUGGACUCUGACACCAAGCUAAUUGGGAACAUGGCACUGUUACCCAUCAGAAGCCAGUUCAAAGGCCCAGCACCUCGGGAAACUAAGGACACAGAUAUAAUAGAUGAAGCCAUCUACUACUUCAAAGCAAAUGUUUUCUUCAAAAAUUAUGAAAUAAAGAACGAGGCUGACAGAACGCUGAUCUACAUAACCCUCUACAUUUCUGAGUGCUUGAAAAAGCUGCAAAAGUGUAACUCCAAAGGCCAAGGAGAGAAAGAAAUGUACACCCUGGGAAUCACCAACUUCCCCAUCCCCGGGGAGCCGGGCUUUCCGCUCAACGCCAUUUACGCCAGGCCUGGCAACAAGCAGGAGGAAGAGGUGAUGAGGGCAUACCUGCAGCAGCUCAGGCAGGAAACUGGUCUCCGCCUUUGUGAAAAAGUGUUUGAUCCUCAGAGUGACAAGCCUAGUAAGUGGUGGAUCUGUUUUGUGAAGAGACAGUUCAUGAACAAGAGUCUGUCAGGUCCUGGGCAGUGAAGUAACAACAACCUUAAGCAUUGCUACUGCAAGGUGUUUAAGUAUUUUGCCUUUGUUCUGGAUAUGUUUUGUAUCAAGGAAGAACCAAGUGCUUAUGAAG